GUUACUUCACUAGAUGAGCUUCUUGCUUUUUUCAGCGCUUUAUCAUGGUGUUGAACUCCUGAGCUGCAAAUCUUACUAGUGGCAAACACAGUAUUAUGACUAUGUGAGCUUGUUCUGGAGAGUGGGGAAAAAAUGGUGAAACGGGGCAGAGGUCGCCCUAGAAAAGAUUCCUCCUCCUCCUCCUACUUAUCCUUCAUGGAUGUCCGCCCGGAGUUCUUCAAAGUGUUUUUGCCCGAUGUCAGUUCUCAACAGCUUCGAGUGCCACCACUAUUUGUUAAGAAAUUCAGUGGAUUAGUAUGCAAAAGAAUAAAACUCAGAUGUAUUGACGGGAAAAUUUGGGAUGUGGAUGUUGAAGAAACUCAGGAAGGUGUUUUCAUGAAGAAUGGCUGGCAAGCUUUUGCUGAUCAUCAUCUCUUGAAACUUGGAGAAUUUUUAGUUUUCCGUUAUGAUGGAAAUUCUGUGUUUACUGUUAAGAUAUUUCGGACACAUGGAUGCAAGGAGGAAGCUUUUGUCAGAGAGAAGAUUGCUGCAGAUGUGAAAAUUGAACCAUUGGAAGAUCAGAUUGCAGCUACAGAGCAUACGAGUGCAAAACACUCUUGCAAUUCAGAUGGAGAGGGCAAUAAGCUUGAUACAUCAAGAGGUGUACGAGAAGGAAAGCAGCAAAUGUCAUCCAGAUUUCAUUCACAGACAGUUCAGAUGGAGCGGGACUCUGAAUUUGGCAGUAUCAGGUCUAUCAGUCGCACACAGAUGCAUAAGCUGAUGCUUUCAAAAGGUUUCAUCUCUAAGAACAACAUAGAACUGGGGUCAAAUGUAAUGCUCUGCAAUGAGAAGGAAGAAAAGUGGCCCGUAAAAUUCACACACUUCAGAGAUGGCCGUGCAUGUAUUGGGACUGGAUGGAUGGCAUUCUGGAAAGACAACAGAAUGUGCGAGGGUGACAAAUUCAAGUUGGUGUUUGACGAGGGAAGAGGAGGAAAGAUGAUAACAGUGUGCAAGGUUUAGGUACAAAGGCCCUCUAGUAUAUUGGCUAAACUUGGCGUAUAUAGAGUACAUUUUGUGCUGGAAUUUCUUGUAAUUAACUAUAGUAUAGUUGCCCCAGUGACUUAGCAUAUCCUGUUUGGUCUUUCUUUGCGUAAGGGGAAAAGAUUAGGAUCUUUUUUGUUUGGUUUUGCCUUGCCCAAUACAAGAGUGUGAUUUUCGCUUCCUGAGUUUUGCGUGAAGCUCACAGGAAAACUGACUCUGAAGAUCUAUUGAAUGAAAGGGUUGGCUACCUUUUGGAUCAA